CCACGUUUCUCAGCCUCUUACCAGCCCGAGUCCCAAACUAGCCCUCGAACCUCCAUCUCACGCGACCUAUCGAUAGCGAGAUUGGUCUCCUACGGAGUAUGCCAUGUCAGAGAAUGACGUCGCCAGCCAUACCAUUUGGACGACGAUCCCAGCGACCAUGUUGGUCGCUUCUCGCGAGGAGGUAGAUAAAAAGAAGCAGGUUUACUCAGGUUUGUGAACGGUGAUCCCUUCUUCCCCAUACACGAUUUCAAGGCCAAAAACCAUACAAACUAUAUUUCACUAUAUAUCUACCAGCCAAUAUGCUAGGAAGAAAGACUAAGAAACAUCCCGGCGGCACCACCGUCACUACCACAACCACAACGACUCACCACCCUGGUGAUGCGCCCGUAGGUCGUCGAGGGCGAGCGGCAGGCACCACUACCGCAAAGCCGAGUCUCAUGCAACGACUCCGUGGCGGCAAUACUACUCCCCGAAGUGCUGCAGCCACUACUCAACCAGCUCGAACAAGCCGGUUUGGCGGCGGUACUCGGAAGACCCGUGCCGCUCCAGCAAACACGACUGCCGCUCCCAGACGUAAGACUAGUCUUGGUGACAAGGUCUCUGGUGCAAUGAUGAAGCUGAAGGGGAGCGCCGAGGGACGUCCUGGUGAGAAAGCCGCCGGUACGCGAAGGAUGCAUGGGACGGAUGGGAGGGGGAGCAGACGCACAUACUACUAAGUAUCGACGUCGCGAUAGGCCACGACAGACAGGCCGAGACUGGAGGGAGUCGCUACGCUCUGCAUGGAGAGACAGAGAGCGUACUGUAACGUUUGCGAGCUGGCUCUAAUCGAGCAGGAACUCUGGCAUGUGCCCUGUACCUGGCCCAUUUGUAAAAUAUUCUAUGAGAUACCAGUGUAAAAUUAUAAUCACGAUAUGAACUAA